AUAGCUUAUCUUCGAUCUCUUCAACGUCACUGAACGCCCUCACCCCUCAACAAUCUCACUCUGCACGGCAGAGACCUGACUAUCAACAUGGAAGAUCCAAACUAUAGCACGAAGUUCGCCCCGUUCUUCGGAAUGGUGAGCAAUUCCCACUCGAAGAUGCAGGAUAUGUUGUACUGACAGACUGCUUCAACAGGCUGGCAUCUGCUUCGCAAUGACUUUUGGAUGUAUCGGAGCAGCAUAUGGAACAGCGAAGUCGGGAAUUGGAAUUGCUGGUGUUGGAACGUUCCGGCCAGACUUGAUCAUGAAGUCACUGAUUCCCGUCGUCAUGUCCGGUAUCAUCGCAGUUUAUUCGUUAGUUAUUGCAGUUUUGAUUGCAGGAGACAUGGGACCACCACCAGAUCAAAAUUAUAGCUUGUUCAAUGGAUUCAUGCACCUUGCAUGCGGUCUUUCGGUCGGCCUUACCGGACUGGCAGCCGGAUAUGCGAUCGGAAUCGUUGGAGAUAUGGGAGUACGAUCAUAUAUGCAGCAGUCGAGGAUAUUUGUUGGAAUGGUAUUGAUCCUUAUUUUUGGGGAAGUUCUAGGUCUCUAUGGACUUAUUGUAGCUCUUAUUCUCAACACCAAGAGCAGAGGCUAG